CACCAGAAGGGGAGGAGCCACAGCGGCGCACACGCACACGCACACGCACGCAUACAUUCCCACGGAAACCCGCCGUGACAUCUCACAUCCUCUCGUCCUUACUCAGCGUCAGCACCAGCAGCAGCGUUCCGGAGCAGGGGAGCCCAGCCGUCGCUUCGCCCAGGAUGGAUGUACUGAUGAAGGGGUUCUCCAUGGCCAAGGAGGGGGUGGUGGCCGCCGCAGAGAAGACCAAGGCCGGCAUGGAGGAGGCGGCGGCCAAGACCAAGGAAGGGGUGAUGUAUGUAGGCAAUAAAACAAAGGAGGGAGUGGUGUCAUCAGUAAACACAGUCGCCAACAGGACCGUGGAUCAGACCAACAUCGUUGCAGACACAGCCGUCGCCGGGGCCAACGAGGUGUCGCAGGCCGCCGUGGAGGGGGUGGAGAACGUCGCCGCGUCGACCGGGAUGAUGAACCAGGGAGAAUAUGGAGGAAUGGAGCAGGGCGGCGAAGGAGGAGAGGGGUAUUAGUCGACUUCAGGACCCCCCCCCCCCUUCCCGUCCUCUCCGGCCGCCCCUCGCUGCCCUCGCCUCGCUGUACCAGACUCCAGAUGUUCUACAUAUUUUUUUGUGACUCUAUGGAACCAAAUCAACUAAAACAGGACUCUUCCAGAUGCCGCACCUCAGCCUCGACACCCCCUUAAUGCCCCCCCCCCACUCCAAACACACACACACACACACACUCCUCUUCCUCCUUGAAAACGCUCUGAUUUUCUGCAGCCUGUCGCUUUUUCCUCCCACGGCCCCGCCCCUAGCCCCGCCCCCAGCCCCACCCCUCGCUUCACCUCACCUGUGUGUUAGUGUCGUCCUGAUAGAAACCCCGCCCCCUCCCCUUGCCGCUGCUGCCAAUCAAACCCCCCUUUACUGAAAACCUCCCAUGCAAACAUGCAUACGCACUGCACAAACAAAAAGAGACACACCUUCAUUCGGCACAUGCAUGAAAAUCGCACACAUACGGGACGAUAAACGCCAGCGCAGACGCACACACGGGCAACGGCGACCGCCGGCGAGUGUGAAACAACAACAACAACAACAACACAAGUUAAUCUGGUCCAGUAACGAAUAAGGUGUGACAAGGUGCGUGUUUGUGUGCGUUCGCUUCUAAAUGUGUGCAUGUGUAGCUGCUGGCGUGCAGGAAGUCGUUGCGUUGAGGACAGAGCGUUAGCUAGUUAGCCCCAGUAGAAUGCAUGAUCCGACGUGUAGAAUGACUCGUGUUGUAUUUGUAGAGUAGCAGCUGUUCCGUGUAGCUUUGUAUGGCUUUGUGUGUGUUUUGUCUACCAGUGUCAUGAGCCGCCAUCGUUGUCGUCAGAUGUUCACGAAUGAAAGGGCGAACGUAUGUGAGAGGUUAGCAAUCUCUGCAACGUUACGACUAAAUAGGAGGAAAUGAGUGUAUUCAUAAUAGAGU